AUGGCUGCAAUGGGGCAUUUAUCCUCAAUGUUCAAUGGAUUGGCAAGGUCGUUUUCACUAAGAAAAGUGAAGAGUAAUGGGAAUGGUGACGGAAGAGAAGCUGCGGAUGAAAUUGCGAAAGAUGCAGUGAAGAAUGAAAUGAUUUUGAGGUCAUCUGGCUGUCUAAACAUCGAUGAUUCAAAAAAUUUUGCCUCAGUUUUCUCGAGAAGAGGCGAGAAAGGAGUGAAUCAAGAUUGCUGCAUUGUAUGGGAGGAAUUUGGUUGUCAAGCAGACAUGAUGUUUUGUGGGGUAUUCGAUGGCCAUGGUCCUUGGGGCCAUUUUGUGGCGAAGAAAGUCCGAGAAUCGAUGCCUUCAUCUCUCCUGUGUAAUUGGCAGGAGACUCUUGCUCAAUGUUCACUUGAUCCUGAUAUUGACUUGGAAUCGGAUAAAAAGCAUCACAGGUUCAAUAUAUGGAAACAUUCCUACCUGAAGGCUUGUGCUGCUGUUGAUCAGGAGCUAGAGCAGCAUCGGAGAAUAGAUUCAUUCAAUAGUGGAGCAACUGCCCUGACAAUUGUUAGACAGGGUGAACUCAUUUUUGUAGCGAAUGUUGGCGAUUCUCGUGCUGUAUUAGCUACCACAGCAGAUGAUGGAAGCUUGGAACCAGUUCAGCUUACAGCUGAUUUCAAACCUAAUUUACCCCAGGAGGCCGAACGGAUACUUCAGUGCAAGGGACGCAUAUUCUGUUUAGAAGACGAGCCAGGUGUGCAUAGAGUUUGGCUGCCAGAUGCAGAAUCCCCUGGACUGGCAAUGUCCAGAGCCUUCGGCGAUUACUGUAUAAAGGAUUUCGGGCUGAUUUCUGUGCCUGAAGUGACACAAAGGCAUAUAACUAGCAAAGAUCAGUUUGUUGUCCUGGCAACUGAUGGGGUAUGGGAUGUAAUCUCCAACCAAGAAGCAGUGCAAAUUGCAUCAUCGACGCCUGACAGGGCGAAGGCGGCCAAGCGUCUAGUUCAGUCUGCUGUCCAUGCUUGGAAACGCAAAAGGAAAGGGAUUGCCAUGGAUGAUAUAUCAGCUAUUUGCCUCUUCUUUCACUCCUCCCCUCUAUCUCAACAAGUCCAUGCUGUUUAG